AUGGCUGGGAAGGGAGGAAAAGGGUUGCUCGCCGCGAAGACCACGGCGGCCAAGUCCGCCGAGAAGGAUAAGGGGAAGAAGGCCCCCGUCUCACGCUCCUCCCGCGCUGGCCUCCAGUUCCCUGUUGGUCGUAUCCACCGUCAGCUGAAGCAGAGGACUCAAGCCAAUGGCCGUGUUGGUGCCACCGCAGCCGUGUACUCUGCUGCCAUCCUGGAGUACUUGACUGCUGAGGUUCUGGAGCUGGCUGGGAAUGCUAGCAAGGAUCUGAAGGUGAAGCGUAUCACCCCUCGCCAUCUGCAGCUGGCCAUUCGUGGAGACGAGGAGCUCGACACCCUCAUCAAGGGCACCAUCGCAGGUGGAGGUGUCAUCCCGCACAUUCACAAGUCCCUGAUCAACAAGUCCUCCAAGGAGUGA